AUCAACCACAUCAAUAAUUCCUUGAAAUGGGUUGUUUGUAUUCCUAUGUGUAUGCCUUGGCUUUGCUUGGCAGCUUAACUACUGCUUUGCAAUUGCAUUGCUUAGCCCAUGAGACUCAUCACUAUCACAAGAAACAUAAAGUUGCCCUCUUUGUGUUUGGGGACUCAAUCUUUGAUCCUGGCAACAAUAACUACAUCAAUACUACCACAAAUUUCCAGGCUAACUUUCCACCCUAUGGUGAAUCAUAUUUCAAGCACCCCACCGGCAGGUUUUCUAAUGGUCGUCUCAUGCCAGAUUUUAUUGCCCAGUUUGCCAAACUACCAUUAAUUCCGGCGUACUUCCGGACUGAUCAUCGGAGAUUUAUUAACGGAGUCAACUUUGCAUCAGCGGGUGCCGGUUGCCUUGUUGAAACCUUUUCUGGCUUUGUAAUUGAUCUGAAAACACAACUUGGGUAUUUCAAGAAAGUGGCACAACAAUUGAAGAAGAUGUUGGGGGACAAAGAAUCAAAGACCCUCAUAUCCAAUGCUGUGUACAUGUUUAGUAUUGGCAACAAUGACUUAGGCUUCCGCUUUUCAACAAAUUCCACCAUCUUUAAUUCAUAUACUCGCCAGGAAUAUGUGGAGAUGGUGAUUGGUAAUCUCACUAAUGUUAUCAAGGAUAUAUACAAGGAAGGAGGAAGAAAAUUUGUGAUUUUGUCUGUGGGACCUUUAGGCAGCACCCCAUCUGCCAGGGCCUUCAAGCUUCAACAAAAGAAUAAUAGUGGCUAUGUGAAGGAACUCCAUAACAUGGCGAAGAUGCACAAUAAGGCUUUACCCAAAAAGCUCAACAAUCUGGAGAAGACAUUACAAGGAUUUAAGUAUUCAUAUUUCGAUUUCUUGAGGUUUACAACAAAUGCAAUUCACAAUUCUUCGAAAUAUGGUUUCAAAGAGACGAAGACAGCAUGCUGCGGUAGUGGUCCUUUUAGAGGAUUGGGUAGCUGUGGAGGUAAAAGGGGGCAACUAAAAGAGUAUGAGUUAUGCAAAGAUGUUGGAGAUUAUUUGUUUUUUGAUAAUGGUCACCCUACUGAGAAGUCCAACCUGAUGUCUGCUAGAUUGCUUUGGAAUGGAGCCCACAAUCUUGUCCAGCCAUACAAUGUGAAAUCCUUCUUCGAAUUUGUCUAGCUUUCAAUUACAUUUGUAUGCAGAAAUGAAAAUAAAACACAAUAGAUAAUAUUGCUGUAUUAUUAUUAUUAUUUUAUUAGAUGGAUCUCAGCGCUUUGGUGGACAUUAAA